CCUUCGGGGCCUCUGGAUGAGCCAGUCCCCCCCACCGAAGGUUUGCCGCUAUAAGGGGUCGAACCCAGCCAACUUAACAGUCACUCGGAAGGUUGCCGUAAAAGUAGAGAGGGAGUCAAAGCCUCUGUGUCUGCAAAACUACCAGUUCAGCCACGCUUGUUCCUCCUGAAGUUGCAUCGAGCGAUCGUCAUGAGAUUUCUGUUCGCUUUACUUCCCUUUCUAGGGCUGGUUACUGCCCAAAUGCAUGGCCGAAUGCAUGGCCAAAUGCAUGGCCAGAUGCAUGGCCAAAUGCAUGGCCAGAUGGCUCCUGCUCAAAACGGGGACCCCUUCUUCAAUGAUUUUGGGGCUGGUACGGGUUCCAAGACACCCCCACCAUGGGCAGCACCCCCCGCCAAUGCCGCCAUGGGCAACCGCGGCAACAUGCCUGGUCGGUCGAGCACUAGCCCACCACAGCACAACCCCAUCCCCGUGGGUGACCCCCAAGUGGGGAACGGCAACCCCUACGCCAACGCUAACCCCAACGCCCAGACCGGCAACUCUGGCGAGCUGGCCGGUUUCGGCGACGCCGACGUCUUCCACAGCGUACUGAACGGCAACGCCAAUGGUGGGGCGGGAGCGCAGCCCCUGCCGGGAGCCGGCAGGAGUUCAGGAGACCUUUGGACCAAUGUUUUGUACGACCUUGAAAUCGAUACCAACCAGCAGGUACUGCAGCAGGGCGACGAAGGAGAGGCCGGCAUAAAGAUCGCCGAGGGUUAUCCAGGGCCCGGCACAGGCCGGGUGCAAGGUUCGGCCGAACGGAUCAACCCGGACUACUUCGGGGACGGGCCAGUAGUGCUCGGCGGUAGCACGGGCCCGCGGCUGCCUAACGGCGGCUACGGUCUGGCCUUCGAAACUCCGGACAUGCCCGGGCUGGCCGGCGGCCCCGAGAACCUUGCACCUGGCUUUGGUGCUGGCAAUGGAGACGAGUCGGACUCUAAGGGCAUGACAGCCGGUGCGGCAGUAGGCAUAGUAUUCGGUAUCGUGGUCCUAGCCAUUGCUGCAGUGGCUGCUGCUUGUUUUGUUAAAAAGAGAAGACAUUCCGGAUAUCUAAGCUCUAUUUAGAACAUAGAAACAGACUCUCUGAUUAUUAACAAAAAAUCUUAUACAAAGAAUGGAGAGUGACGUGGAAAAUUUGAAACUUUUUGAUAAAUUUAUCCUAUAAACCAAUAUUAAGCAUUAAAACCUGAUUAUCGGAGUUUUUAAAUGAGUAUUUGCUAUAAUUUAUUUCCUGAAAAAGUUCCAAUUGAAACAGUUUGUUUUAUCCAAAACGCUGACUUAAGUUUUUCCACUUUACGUGUAUGCCUGCACGUUCGCAAAUAGGUACUAAUAAAAUGUGUCAGCACGUUUUAAUAUUGAUUCAUAAGACCUGUUCUUGAUAAAAACUGCACCAUCUUGGUAGAAAAUUCAAUAAUAUGCAUUUUGAAGACCUACCUAUUGAAUACUCCGAUGCUGGUCAUCAGGUCGAAUCUUUAAUUGCUGUCACUACGGGGAUUAUAGUGACAAAGUUGCAUGCAACAUUCAUUACAAAACAGAACACUUCUUUCAGGCCUUAAAAUGUCAUUUUUUGUAUUGUAAAGCCAUCCUACACACGUUUUGUACCUUGAAAUGGAACGUCACUUGCUUUCUUGUGUGUUUGUUCUGAAAUAAAUAUUAAAUAACAUGCCAUGAUGACAUGGCUCAAACAGUUGUGUGAAAAAUAAACGAAGAU